AUGGGCUCCGUAGUCCUCCCCCACCUCCGCACAGGCUGGCACGUCGACCAAGCGAUCCUCAGCGAAGAAGACCGACUCGUCCUCAUCCGCUUCGGGCGCGACUCGGACCCCGACUGCAUGCAACAAGACGAAGUGCUCUACAAGAUCGCCGACCGCGUCAAAAACUUCUGCGCCAUCUACCUCUGCGACCUCGACGAAGUACCCGAUUUCAAAGCCAUGUACGAGCUCUACGACCCGUGUACCGUCAUGUUCUUCUUCCGCAACAAACACAUGAUGUGCGAUUUCGGAACGGGAAACAACAAUAAGCUGAAUUGGGUGUUGGAGGAUAAGCAGGAGUUUAUUGAUAUUAUUGAGACGGUUUAUCGGGGCGCGAAGAAGGGGCGGGGUUUGGUGGUUAGCCCGAAGGAUUAUUCUACCAGGUACAGAUAUUGA